AUGAAUCAACAGGCGUCUUCCAGCCAGGAGGCACUUCACCCGGUUCAAGCACCAGGGCCAAAGCCAAGGACUAGGACCUGGCGUGCAUGCGAGAUCUGCAGGAAGAGAAAGAUCAAGUGUGAUGGGCAGGAUCCGUGUGCUUUCUGCAUGACCAGUGGCAAGCAGUGUAGCUUCAAAGAAACGAACGACAAUGCGUCCGGAAGUCGUCAGCUUACCUCGAAUUUGGAGACCCGUUUGCAUCACCUGGAACAACUCUUCACCCCAAUGGCCAAAGCUUUCGACCAAUGGGCAAAGAAUACCGAUGAUGGAUUACCAUCGUCCCUACCGGAUAACUUAGAUCUUCUGGUGCCACAAUCUCUUCCAGAGGGACCGAAGAAGUCGUCAUUUUCAGGCAACGGAAUACUACCGCCAUUGUACAAACCAUCUACCGCCAUCCAAGCUAUCGUAGAUCAGCCCGUCGCAAUCUCUGAACCUCAGCGAGUGGAAGAACCCAGACAUGCGUCAUCACCCCUGAUAUCGUCCAUAUCUGCCGGGACGCGUUCCUCUCAAGAUGAACCAGAGCAUGAGCGAGAACGUAUAUCGGAUCGUCUCGCUCAUCUCGCAAAGGACUCACUAGGAAACUUGAGAUUCAUCGGAGGAGCGUCGUCUCUGGUACUGGUGGAGGCUCUUCAGUCUCUUCAGACGCCGUCAUCUCCGAAUGGCUCUCCCGACUCCGCUGCAUCUGACAAGGUCGGAAAAAGCGCAGAAAACCUGUAUGGAUCUCUGCAAUACAUAAAGUUACCCAACACUGAUUUAAUCUUCGGUUUGAAUACCAGCGAUCUUCCGUUCUUUCGACCGAACAUGCACUUCAGGCGCUUCGAUGUCCUGUUCGUGAAGAAUUUGCAUGCAGGGAAACCAUCAUCAGAUCAUGCGUUUCUGUCAUCGCUGUUUGCGGUCUUUGCUUGCGCAGAAAGCCUGAACUCGAAGGUAUCUGCCAAGCCAAGUACGGAGCAGGAAACUGGCUGGAAAUGGACUGCUCCUUCUGAAUACGCUGGGCUUGAAUCGAUGUGUCCAGAGAAGUUAUUCUAUAGUGUUCAAGGACUGGCGCUGUUGGCGAUAUGCUGUGCUGGGUGGAAUACAUUAUCACAGAGUUGGGUACUAGCCGGUCAAGCUAUCCGUGCAGCACAGGACCUUGGUCUUCAUCGCUCGCCUCGACGACUGUCGCUGUCUGGACUGGAGAAGGAAAUUCGUCGACGGAUAUGGUGGUGCGUCUAUGGUCUGGACAGAGUUCUUUCAAUAGCUCUCGGACGACCGGCCGGUACAUAUGAUGACGACAGCGAUGUCGAGUACCCCGCUGAAGUAGAUGACGAAGAUGUCGAGAAGUAUUGCGAAGGCGUGAUCGCAACUAGCGAAACGUCAUAUAUGUGUGGCUUUGUUGCACUACUGAAGAUCUACGUCGUGGCUGGCAAGAUCGUCAGGACAGCGCACUCGCUCAAGCUUCUCGCUGAGAUUGAUGCCACAGGUAGACAAGUUCCGGAGCUCCUGCAAAGUCUCGACGGCCUCUUGGAGGACUGGGUGGAAUCCCUUCCACCUAACAUCAAGUUCGCGGCGAACAAUGUAGAUGACCCGAAAAUGCUCACACUGUGUCUGAUUGCUUUCUUCAUGUAUUAUUCGGCAACAAUUAAUUUGCAUCGACCGUUUAUCUCUAAUCCUCGAGAUACGUCUGGGCGUAUGAACAUGCCUUCUCUGCUGCGAUGCGUGAACGCUGCGAAAAGUUGCAUCCGUAUUGGAGACAUGGUCAAGAGCACAUUACCGACGUCCCAUCAUCUCGCCUACGCCGUGCAGCAGAUAUAUGCAGAGCUAGUCGCCGCCAUUAUCACGGAUGCUGAGAAGUGUCGAACCUUGCUCGAGGACAUGCAAGAUAUCUGGCCUGGCGCGAAGCGGUGUAGAGACAUCGUAUCUGAUCUCCUGAGGGUUGUCAAAGCCAAACGGGGCGAAAUUACUCCUCCAAGCUUGUCUGAGGAACAAGUCGCGAGCGCCAGCAAUGAUUACCUGCCUCCAAAACAACAGGUUCAGCGGAGUUCGGUCAAACGCAAGUCGGACAGCGACCCUCGGCCUCAUAAACCACGCAUAUGGGUUGACCAUCCAGCCGAAACUAUGACCGAGAGCCACCCAAACAUCUUAGGUCCUGGCCCUUCCUCCUCAAACCUGUCAUUUCUCAACAACGUACUAUCCACAUCCCACCCCAUCUCCGACCUCCGAACCUCUCCCCUCACACCAUCCAGCCCUCUCAUCGCUCCAUCAACGUCCCCACCGCCGGCCGCAGUCUCGUUAUCCAUGCCACCUCCCACAGUCUUCGAUUUCGAUCUAUCAUCGUUUGAUACUACUGCUCCGUUCUCGGGGUACGACUUUUUAGGCGACGACCUGUCCGCUUUGUUGGGAGUGUUGAUGGACCAGGGAAGUAUGGCGCCGCAGACGCCGGGGACGUAUGAUCAGAACGCGCAGUUGCUUUGGGGGGCUUGGGAGUCAGGACCAAAGGAUCAUGGGGAGGGAGAUGGAGGUGAUCCAGCGUCGAUGUCGUAA